AUGCCUAAUACAUCUUUACGACGUCCUCAAAAGGGCUAUGCUCGCCGAGGUGGCAAGCAAGCUUACCAUGGAGGGAAUCGGACUCGAACGUUCGCUGCCUCGACUACGCGCACCGAGGCCACAUCCGCGGACGAGAAAGCAGAACGAACGUUACUAGCACAGCAAAUUGACGAGUCAAUGGGUUUUGCCAGAUAUGAAUCAGGUCGAAGAAAAGAGGGUUGGCUUGUAAAUGUUCAGCCGACAACCGUAGCGCUCGACGACGACCGAAGUCCUGGUGGCAGAGCAGCAUUGGACUGCUACUUCAUCGAGGAAGACGGCCAAACAUUCAAAGCUACUAUCGAGUAUGAGCCAUACUUCGUAAUUGCAUGCCGAAGAGGAAGGGAAAGCGAGGUCGAGGAAUGGCUGAAACGUGUACCCGGCGGCGGCGUUGUACGUAGUGUCAAGCGAGUCGAGAAAGAAGAUUUAUCUAUGCCGAACCAUCUUCUCGGCUAUAGAAGAACAUUCCUCGAGCUACGGUUUAGAAAUGUACAGGAUUUAAUGACUGCGAGGAGGGAUAUCAUGCCCAUAGCGGAGAAGAACAAGAAGUCGAUGGGCACGGUUGAUGUUUAUGCAGAGGUUGCUUCCGAACAAGCAGGAUUCGACCUUUUUGAUGAUUCACGAGACGACGAUAGACGACAUAAUGCUUCAUUUGCGGACGCUAGCGACUACAUUGUUGAUAUUAGAGAGUACGACGUUCCGUACCAUGUAAGAGUAAUGAUAGAUAUGGACAUCCGAGCAGGAAAAUGGUAUUUCGUGGAAGUAAAGCACGGUGUCACUACGAUGACCCUUAAUGAAGAACACAUCGUUCAAGCAGACCCCGUAGUAAUGGCUUUCGAUAUCGAAACGACCAAAGCCCCCCUGAAAUUCCCCGACGCCGCGAUAGAUCAGAUUAUGAUGAUGUCGUAUAUGAUCGACGGACAAGGUUUUCUUAUAACGAACCGAGAGAUGGUCUCGGAAGACAUUGCUGAUUUCGAAUACACCCCGAAACCCGAAUACCCUGGACCGUUUAUGAUUUUUAACGAACCCAAUGAGAAGGCCGUGAUAGAGCGAUUCUUCUCCCAUGUAAAGGAAGCACGACCGACAGUCAUUGCGACUUAUAACGGUGACUUUUUCGAUUGGCCGUUUGUGGAGGCAAGAGCGAGUAUCAAUGGUAUUGAUAUGUACCGCGAGAUAGGGUGGAAGAAAGAUAGCGAGGAUAUCUACAAGUGCACAUAUGGCGUCCAUAUGGAUUGUUUAGCAUGGGUCAACCGAGAUUCUUACUUACCACAGGGAAGUCGAGGUUUAAAAGCAGUUACAGUUGCUAAACUAGGUUACGACCCUGACGAACUCGAUCCCGAACUCAUGACACCGUAUGCGAACGAGAGACCCCAGACCUUGGCAGAAUACUCAGUUUCUGAUGCCGUUGCUACCUACUAUCUCUACAUGAAGUACAUCCAUCCCUUCAUCUUCUCGUUAUGUACUAUUUUGCCUCUUGGAGGUGAUGAUGUGCUGCGAAAGGGAACGGGUACUCUAUGUGAGAUGUUGUUGAUGGUGCAAGCAUACCAGCACGAGAUCAUAUUACCGAAUAAACACAUGUCGCCCAAAGAAUCAUUCUGGGAUGGGCACUUACUAGAAGCUGAGACCUACGUUGGUGGUCACGUCGAGAGUAUCGAAGCAGGCGUGUUUCGAGCGGAUAUUCCGGUCAAUUUUGUUGUUGACCCAGGAGCUAUCGAUGAAUUACUUGGCGACUUAGACGCGGCUCUCAAAUUCGUUAUUGAGAUCGAGGAAAAGAAGUCACUGGAUGAUGUCACGAAUUACGACGAAGUUAAGCAGCAAAUAGCGGCGCGGUUAUUGCAACUCAAGGAAACUCCGAAUCGAAAUGAGAGACCCCUGAUUUAUCACUUGGAUGUCGCAUCUAUGUACCCGAAUAUUAUGACGACAAAUCGAUUACAGCCAGAUUCUAUGAUUCAGGAAUCGGACUGCGCUGCCUGUGAUUUCAACCGUCCUGGAAAGACAUGCGAUAGAAGAUUACCCUGGGCUUGGAGAGGUGAAUACCUACCUGCGAAACGAGAUGAAUACAAUAUGAUUCGGCAUGCACUCGAAAACGAAAAAUUACCUAGCAAACGACCCGGCGGCCCGAUGCGAACUUUCCAAGACCUACCUGAAGAUGAGCAAGCAGGCCUAGUGAGGAAGCGAUUGCAGCUAUACAGUCAAAAAGUCUACCACAAAAUCCGUGAUCAAACGACUAUUGUCCGAGAGGCCAUUAUCUGCCAACGAGAGAAUCCUUUUUACAUUGACACUGUAAGAGAUUUUCGAGAUCGGCGAUAUGAUUAUAAAGGAAAGGCAAAAGUUUGGAAGGGCAAGACCGAGUCCCUAAAAUCCUCUGGAGCUUCAGGCACAGAAGUUGACGCUGCGAAGAAAAUGAUCGUUCUUUACGAUUCCCUUCAACUUGCGCAUAAGGUCAUUCUGAAUUCCUUCUACGGAUAUGUCAUGCGAAAAGGAUCGAGAUGGUAUUCUAUGGAAAUGGCUGGUGUAACGUGUUUGACUGGUGCGACAAUCAUUCAAUUGGCGAGAUCGCUGGUUGAGCGACUUGGUCGACCUCUAGAACUGGAUACUGAUGGUAUCUGGUGUAUGUUACCUGCAACGUUCCCCGAGAACUUCGCUUUCAAGAUGAAGAACGGAAAGAAAUGCGCUAUUUCGUACCCUUGUGUGAUGUUGAAUCAUCUUGUCCACGCCAAAUUCACAAAUCACCAAUACCAGACAUUAGUCGACCAGAAAACAUUUAAAUACGAAACGCAUAGCGACAAUUCCAUCUUCUUCGAGGUCGAUGGCCCCUACAAGGCUAUGGUCUUACCUACUUCGAAAGAAGAAGACAAGAACUUGAAGAAGCGAUAUGCUGUCUUUAACGACGAUGGCAGUCUUGCUGAACUCAAGGGAUUCGAAGUCAAGCGAAGAGGUGAAUUGAAGCUUAUCAAGAUCUUCCAACAGCAAAUUUUCAAAUUCUUCUUGGAGGGGACCACUUUAACCGAGUGCUAUGCCGCAGUAGCGAAGGUUGCGAAUAGGUGGCUGGAUGUCCUGACUAGCAAGGGUUCAACGCUCGCUGAUGAGGAACUCAUUGAUCUUAUUUGCGAAAACAGAAGUAUGUCUAAGACUCUUGAGGAGUACGGUAGUCAGAAGUCUACUUCCAUUACGACAGCAAAGCGUCUAGCGGAGUUCUUGGGUGAGCAGAUGGUUAAAGAUAAAGGUCUCAACUGCAAGUACAUUAUCUGCGCCAAACCCCGAGGCGCCCCUGUCACUGCGCGCGCUGUACCAGUUGCCAUCUUCUCAGCCGCGCCGGAAAUCAAGCGGACAUAUUUAACAAAAUGGCUAAAGGAGGAACCAUCUGACACUGACCCCAGGGCGUUGCUAGACUGGGACUACUAUCUUGAACGUCUUGGUUCAGUCAUUCAGAAGCUAAUCACCAUCCCGGCUGCGCUGCAGAAAGUCCGCAAUCCAGUCCCACGAGUGCCUCACCCGGAUUGGCUCCAACGACGAAUCAAUAUCAAGGAUGAUAAGAUGAAGCAGAAGAAGUUGACCGAUCUCUUCACGAAUACUAAGGGGCCCCUGGAAGAUAUAACGAAUCUUACAGGCCCGAGGCUAGAUGAUCUCGAAGAUUUCGGUGCGAAGUUACUUAAGCCAAAGAGUACGACUGCAGCCAUUACCGCUUCGCAGCAAAUGACGACACCAACGAAGCGCAAAUCACCUGAACCAGAAAAGGAGAGCCUUGAUCCCUUCGCCGCACUACCAAAGGAGAUGCCAAACCCAUCAGAAGAUUAUCCUGCCUUCCUAGAAUACCAAAAGAAGAAGUGGAAGAUCCAAAAGCAGGCACGAAUCCGUCGUCGCCAUCUGUUCGGUGAUCGUCGUGGAAACAUGAAUGGCAAUAUCCAGAACACAUUCCGUCAGCAGGCGGCAGUUACCUUCAAGAAUACUUGGCAAUUGCUUCAGCUUCGAGCGACAGAUAACCCUGGUGUAGUGACGGCAUUUGUCUUGAUUGAUGCAAAGGUUCAUUCACUUAAGGUCAAAGUCCCGCGACAAGUUUUCCUAAAUCUCAAGGGCAAAGACUUACCCGAUAUUGAAGUCGAAGACUGCGAAGUGGAGCAGGUCUAUCAUACCUUGCCCAAUGGACAUCCUUCCACACACUUGUUCAAGAUCACUGUGCCUGAGGACGUUUAUUUCGCUCAAGCUGAGAAGUUCUCGCUGCUAUUCAAUCACCCUAGCGUCGAAGGCGUAUAUGAAAAGCAAGUGCCGUUGAAUAUGCGAGCAAUGCUUCAGCUUGGAAACUUGUGCAUCAUUGACGAGAGCCAACCUGGUGUACUAGGAAAGGGUCUAGAGCAAGGUUUCGACCUCAACGGUUUAAUCAAGCCAAUGAAGCCCAAGACAUACUUGGAUUCCAAUCCACUUGCAUAUCUCUACAUAUCACAUAUCACUGCAGGCGAGAGGCAGAUCUUUGGUCUAUUUUCCUCGACAAGCGAUCAGGCCAAUAUUGUUAUUCUCCAAAAGAACAAAGAUUCUGGCCAGGACUUGCCUAACGUUACCAAGAUUUAUACCGAAAUGUUUACGAGGCGACGACAAGAAGCAGAAGGUACCAAUUGGCAAGACUGCUUCUUAUACCAAGAAAAGCUGAACUUCAAGGUUACACAAGUGACAACUCGGAGAAGAGCCCACCUCGAAAUUGGAGACCUCGUUAAAAAGAUAAAAAAGGACGAGCUGAAACCACUUAUGCUUGUAAUCCAGUCAUCACAACAAAACUUGCUUGUGCAUGAUGUGCCUAUCCUUGCCGAAUUCCCCAUUCUCCCACUACGCUAUGACCAAGCCGAUAGCUCACUUCCACCUCUCGGCUGGCAAUCUGUUGUCGCAAAACGCCUCGUUUCGCAUUAUCUUAAUCUUGGUUCGUGGAUUUUGCAUCUUACAGCACUGGCAAGAUAUGGCGAUAUACCACUUUGCAAUUUGGAACGGGACGACCCUAGAUUCCUUAUUGAUGUCGCAUAUGCACGCCGUUUACAACUGAAUAAUGUUGUUUUAUGGUGGUCACCAGGGCCAAGGCCAGAUCAUGCUGGUUAUGAACAAGAUGAUGUGACUGGUCCUCUUGAUAACGUAUCAAUGCCAUCAAUCAAUACUCCCGGCACGUAUGCAUCGGUUUGCAUCGACCUAGAAGUUCGCAACCUCGCCAUCAACACCAUUCUCACGUCUUCUCUUAUCAAUGAACUUGAAGGCGCAGAUUCCAUUUCUUUCAAUCCCGCCGCAGACCCUGCACCGUCGGAUGGUACUGAAGUCCUUCAUUCAGAGAAUGCAUUCGCCAACGCAGGUGUCUUGGUACUGCGCGAAAUGGUUAAGUCUUGGUGGGCGGAAGCAUGCAAAGGCAGUCCUAUGGCCGACAUUCUAGUCCAACACUUGGUGCGAUGGGUCGAAUCUCCCGAUUCAUUCAUGUACGACCGAGCGCUUCAUUACUAUGUGCAGAUGAUGAGUCGCAAAGCUUUACUCCAGCUCAUGGCAGACUUCCGACGUGUUGGUUCCCAAGUCAUUUUCGCGAACUCGAAUCGACUGCUCCUACAAACUACAAAAUCCGAAGUAGGCAACGCGUAUGCAUACAGCCAGUACAUCCUCAAGAGUAUCAAGAGCAAGCCGCUAUUCCACUUCAUUGACCUUGAUAUUAAGGAGUACUGGGAUUACCUUGUAUGGUAUGAUGAAUUCAAUUACGGUGGCAAGGCAUGCCAGGAAGUCGUCGAAGCCGAACAACAAAGCCUUCAGACUAUCAUGAAUUGGCAGAUGAAGACUUUCCUACCCCUUCGACUACAUGAUACAUUCCAACAUUGGGUCGUUGAGUUUAUUCAACUCAUGCACAGCCUCAAGCGCCCCCUAUCCGUGAACGGGGCUCCCGAUGCAACGCCGCGUCUUACUCAAUUGCCCUUAAGGAACGGUUCCCAAGGCGAAGACAACGAUUUACAAGUUAUCAUUGGCAAGGCCUUCGAAAAGCGACUCAAGAAAGAAAUCCGAUCUCUCGUGUCAACCCAAGCUCGUGAAUUACUGCACCCAGAACUUGCAUCCGACUGGUCAUUCCCUGUUCUACCAGGUAGCCACAUUAAGAACAUGCACAAUCGCAACGCUGUACUAGAGCUCGUCAAGUCACUCAUGCAAGUCUUAUGCCUCGACAAGAACAUCACGAUGGAAGCGCGUCUACUCCGAAAAGAGUUACUAGCAUUAUUCGAAGUGCGCGAAUUCAGUAAAGAAGGUGCAUUCAUGAACCCAAGUGAAAGCCUCAAACUACCGCAGUGGAGCUGUCCCGAGUGCACGCUCGCGCGCGACUGGGAUUUGUGUCGUGAUGAAGCCCUACUACCGGAUCUAGACGUAGGAGGCGAGGCAGAGAUACGUCGUGCGGCUGCGGCUAAGGUAUGGCGGUGUCCGUUCUGCGAGGUGGAACUUGAGAGGUUGCGCAUUGAGGAGCGCCUACUGGCUGAUGUAGAGGCUAUGGUUACCGAGUGGGUUACCCAGGAUCUCAAGUGUGAGCGAUGCGGCAGCGUUCGUUUGAAUGAUCUCAUGGAGCACUGCACCUGCAGUGGUCCGUGGACUGAGAGUGUUCGUAGGGAUGAGGUGAUUAGGAAGUUAGGCGUAUACCAGGGCGUUGCGAAGUGGUAUGGUCUCAGGAUGCUGGAGAGUCUCGUCGCGGAGGUGCUUGGGGGUUUGUGAUGGGCAUGUUUAUAGUGACAGGAGAAGGAUUGGUUAUAAUAGCUUAUGAAGAGCAUUUCACGGCGUUGGCAUGGAGCUUAAGGUUAAGGGGCAUCAUACAUAACAUUUUAAUGGCGAUUCUUAUUGAUUGUUGCACGAUGACUAUAUGACUACGACCCCCUAUUUUUACCCCUUAUACUCUUGAAUAGAGAUGUAAUUCAUGAAUGUAAAUAGACCACCCGCCUAUUUA